GGGGCUCCUGGCCGCGGCGGCGGGCAGGCGAUGCUCCAGAGGCCUGAGCCGCCAUGGAGGCCGAGGCGGGCGGCCUGGAGGAGCUGACGGAUGAAGAGAUGGCGGCGCUGGGCAAGGAGGAGCUGGUGCGGCGCCUGCGGCGGGAGGAGGCGGCGCGCCUGGCGGCUCUGGUGCAGCGAGGCCGCCUCAUGCAGGAGGUGAAUCGGCAGCUGCAAGGCCACCUGGGCGAGAUCCGCGAGCUCAAGCAACUCAACCGGCGCCUGCAGGCCGAGAACCGCGAGCUGCGCGACCUCUGCUGCUUCCUGGACUCGGAGCGCCAGCGCGGGCGCCGCGCUGCGCGCCAGUGGCAGCUCUUCGGGACCCAAGCAUCCCGGGCGGUGCGCGAGGACCUGGGCGGUUGCUGGCAGAAGCUGGCCGAGCUGGAAGGCCGCCAGGAGGAGCUGCUGCGGGAGAACCUGGCGCUUAAGGAGCUCUGCCUGGCGCUGGGCGAGGAGUGGGGCCCCCGCGGCGGCCCCAGCGGCGCGGGGGGCUCUGGCACCGGGCCGGCGCCCGAGCUCGCCUUGCCCCCGUGCGGGCCCCGCGACCUGGGCGAUGGGAGCUCCAGCACCGGCAGUGUAGGCAGCCCGGAUCAGUUGCCCCUGGCCUGCUCCCCAGAUGACUGAGGACGCAGCUCCCUUCGCGCCGACGCCCGCCCGGAUUGCGCCCCAAACGCCAGGAUUGCUGUGGACCUGUGGACGUGGACGCCGCCCCGGCUGCGCACCAGGAACUGCUGUCAUGGACUUAGGCACCUUGGCACUGAGGAGUGGCCCUCUUUUUCGCUGGGCGUUAGCAGGGGAACUGGAGCGGAGGGACUUACGGGGGGCUGGGUGGAGGCUAAUAAACUGGGAAGGAAGCAGA